GAGCUCGGAUGGGAUAGCCUACUCUCCCGAUGCUAGUGGAGUGAAGGUGUAUCUGCCGGAUAAUAUGCAACCGAUCACUCUAGAAAAAAGACGUCGCCGAUUCAGUUCCAUCUGAAAUAGGCUACACUGAUGACGGAUAUCCAAGCGGAUUGCCUCGUGAUUCCAGCAUUGAUGGCAAGAAAAUAAUAUUCCCCAUAACAAGACGCGGCUUCUGUGGUCAACCUGUCUGCAAAUGCACCCUGCAAAUUAAAACGCGCAUUUCAAUAAUUUACCCCAUAUUCAUACAACAAGUUUCAGCGAUCUUACUUGGUUUUUUGGACCUUUGCAUUUUCCCCUUCAGCCAUGGACGAAGACAAUCAAGUACCUGAAGACCUUUCCUUGGAAGAGAGAGAUGAGCUGUCAAACAUACGACGCAGGAAAAAAGAGCUACUGGAUGACAUUGAGCGGUUGAAGUUUGAGAUUGCAGAGGUGAUGACUGAGAUCGAGCAGCUAACCUGCGUGGGGGACAGUAAAACAACACAAAGAAAUAAACAGAUUGCCAUGGGAAGGAAGAAAUUCAACAUGGACCCCAAAAAGGGGAUCCAGUUUCUGUUGGAGAACGACCUUCUCCAGCACACUCCUGAGGACGUAUCCCAGUUCCUCUACAAAGGAGAGGGCCUCAACAAAACUGUCAUAGGGGACUACUUAGGAGAGAGGGAUGACUUCAACCUCAAGGUGCUGCAGGCGUUCGUAGACCUUCAUGAGUUUGCAGAUCUCAACCUCGUACAGGCUUUACGACAGUUUCUGUGGAGUUUCAGACUGCCUGGUGAGGCUCAGAAGAUCGAUCGUAUGAUGGAGGCCUUCGCUUCGCGGUACUGCUCCUGCAACCCCGGUGUCUUCCAAUCCACAGACACGUGUUAUGUCCUGUCCUUCGCCAUCAUCAUGUUGAAUACCAGCCUCCACAACCCCAACGUCAGAGACAAGCCCCCCGUAGAGAGAUUCAUCUCCAUGAACAGAGGCAUCAACGAGGGAGGAGACCUGCCAGAGGACCUACUCAGGAAUCUCUAUGAGAGCAUUAAGAGUGAACCCUUUAAGAUCCCAGAGGAUGAUGGGAACGACCUGACUCACACGUUCUUCAACCCAGACAGAGAGGGAUGGCUGCUCAAACUGGGGGGAAGAGUGAAGACCUGGAAGAGAAGGUGGUUCAUCCUGACAGACAACUGCCUGUACUACUUUGAGUACACAACAGAUAAGGAGCCUCGUGGGAUCAUCCCCUUAGAGAACCUCAGUAUCAGAGAGGUGGAGGAACCCAGGAAACCAAACUGCUUCGAGCUCUACAACCCCAACCACAAGGGUUCGGUGAUCAAGGCGUGUAAGACGGAGGCGGACGGCCGGGUCGUCGAGGGCAACCACACAGUGUACAGGAUAUCGGCGCCCACGACUGAGGAGAAAGAGGAGUGGAUCAAGUCCAUCAAGGCGAGCAUCAGCAGGGAUCCCUUCUACGAUAUGUUGGCCACCAGGAAAAGACGGAUUGCCAACAAGAAAUGAGGAGGGACAUUCCUUCCAGGGACACCCCUCAUCCCAGGACAUCCCAAACUGGGACACCCCAAACCCCCUUUCCUCAGCCCACCAAUCCUCUUCCCCAGACAGAUCUUACUCAUGAAGUUAAACACCACUUCCACACUCCCCCUCCCUCCUCACCCAUCCCUCCCUCCACUCCCACGGACAGACUCCACUCAUGAAGUUCCCUCCCUACUAUCCCUCUCCCCCUGGACCCCCAGAACCCAACUUGUCACUAGAGAGAUGGCUGGCCAACCAAAGAUAGCCAUCUGACCCUUCAGACCCUGAUAGAACUCGCACCCGGUCUUGAAGACAACGAGGACAGGCUCCGGUCUUGAAGACAGCCCCCCUCCCCAUUCUGGACACUUCCCCAGCCGUGGCUGCAGUACCAGGGGCUGGAGUUACAGGGACAUGACGUCCCAGGACUAAAGCAGAGGACCAAUAUAUGUACCAACACAGGGAGACGUCCCUCUAUAGGACCAGUGUGGUUCAGCCACACUACAGAUUACCAAGGGAAGCCAGUGGGAUGUAUUAACAUGUAUUAACACACAUUCUCUCUUUCUCUCUCUGGCUCUCUCGUCUCUUUACUCCCCCGCACUGCCCUCCUGUGUCCCCCACAUUCCUUCUGAUUACUUCCAUGUGUUUCUAGCAGGGGUUGGAACAGAAAAUAUUUCCCAAUCAUUCCAUUCCGAGCAGAAACCCAAUUUUUUUCAUUCCGUUCCAGUGUUCCGACCAGAAAAUAAAGUUCUGAACCAGUUCCAACCCCCCAAAAAGUAACAGCUUAUAUAGUUCCUUUUCAUCAAAUGUUUAACCUGUGAAAUCAACAUGCGUUUUUACGUUUAGCAAAUCUAUUUACUCCACCAAUUAGUGCCGAUAGAGCAGCUUGCUAUGGAACGGGUUAGAUUGUUGUUUACAUUUUUAAUUGGUCACAUAAGUGCAAGUGUGAGAUGUGACUGAAAUUUCAUGGGUGGGGCAAGAGAGAGAGAGAGAGGUGGAUAUGGAGGGGGCUUGGCUUGAAGCUCUAAACAUCAUGGCAGGACUUGAAUUAGAAUGUGUGUAGGGUAUUACUAGCCUUAUAACUUCACUGAAUUACCGAAUAGUUUAUACUAGAAUUGAUAUGUAUUUAUUUUUGGAACUCAAAAGAACAUUAUUACCUGGUUCUCAAGAUUUGAAAAUAACAGUUAUGUUCCGGAACACUAGAGAUCACUUUUGUACACGGUUCUGUUUCUGUUCCUCAAAACAUUUAUUUAUUUUUCCUGUUCUGUUCCCUGAACUGGUUCCAACCCCUGCUUUCUAGGUGUCUUCUGCAUUUGGGCAACUUGAAAAGCAAAACUGCAAUUUUUCACAUACACAUGCAUGUAUGUCUGUUUGUAGAUAUACCAUAAAGUGCGUUUAGAAGUGGGUGUGCCAACUUGUGUGUGUAUCUACACAGUAUAUAUGCAUGUAUGUAUGUAAACACAGUAGUGUGCAAGCCAAGAGCAGACAUUUAACACAACGACUAUCUUAAUGCCAUCUCUGACAUCCAUUAUACAGAAAAGUUUUUGUGUGAUCAUUUAUAAAGAUGGUAGAAAAACAGAGUUCCUCUUGUGAAUGUUCAGGUGGAUGGAGAGACAUGGCAGAAAGAGGAGAGCGGAUGUGAGAGAUGGAGUGAGUGUGUCAGAGAGGGAGGGAAGGAGAGAAAGUUCCAGGGCUGCAGUAACCGUACAUGAACAUGUGACCUGACCAGGAACAAAUCUGGGCCUUACACUCCUGGCCCUAAACAUAAGCCAUGUAAUCAUCCCACUAUGGUGCUCAACUCUUUUCCCCAGGUGCCAUUGCAGCAGUUCUGCUGCAAUCUCAGAAUACAAAGCUAGGUUAGUGCUGAAAUUAGGAAGACACAACCUAGAAAAACUACAACAUUACAGUCUUGAGUCAGCUGGACUGAUUCCAUACAUUGUGUGGACCACAGAAUAUUAAAAUGUGCAUACUUUUUACUUUGGUUGUGAAUUAUAGGGGUGGUUACAUGGACCUAUAUUUAGCCUACGAUUGGAGUGUCUGCAAUGCAACUGAACAAACUUUGAAAAUGUGUUGUAGUCUAAGAGUAUGCUUGAAUAUGGGUUUGUGAAACAGUCCAAUAGGGUACCAGUCAUUUUAAGCUUUUCUUUCAGUGUCUCGAGGUCCAAACCUAUGCCAACUGCAUCAGUGAGGGGCGAUGCGUUGAUGUGACCCGUAUGCUUUUCAUUUGUAACCCAAGAUCCUUGCUUGCUUUUUGUGUUCCCCUUACAAAAUAUAAUCUACCAUCUUGUUUGUAUUUAUUUUCUUUGUCAAAUGGUUCCAUUCUGUCCGUAAGCGUUAAAACUAAAGACUUAAGUUAUGUAUAUGUAAAUAAUGUAUAGGUUUUAUGGGUCUCCUUUUUGUUGUUGUAUGAAUACUCUGAAACAUUUUACACCUACUGGCUGUACUUUGCAUCAGGUCAGUUUGGGGUCUUCUGUACACAAGUCAAAAACAUGAUCAUAAACAAAUACUAUAUAACGUGAUGUCAGGAAAAGUCCAUUUCCAGCAGGUAUGAGGAUGAUGGCGAUGGGGGUGAUGAUGUGGAUGAAUAGGAUAUGGGUGGUAGUAAUACUGAUGAUGAUGAUGAUGAUGAUGAUGGUAAGGCAGAUGUUGAGGAUGAAUAGGAUAUGGGUGGUAGUAAUACUGAUGAUGAUGAUGAUAAGGCAGAUGUUGAGGAUGAAUAGGAUAUGGGUGGUAGUAAUACUGAUGAUGAUGAUGAUGAUGGUAAGGCAGAUGUUGAGGAUGAAUAGGAUAUGGGUGGUAGUAAUAUUGAUGAUGGUGAUGAUGAUAAGGCAGAUGUUGAGGAUGAAUAGGAUAUGGGUGGUUGUAAUACUGAUGAUGAUGAUGAUGAUAAGGCAGAUGUUGAGGAUGAAUAGGAUAUGGGUGGUUGUAAUACUGAUGAUGAUGAUGAUGAUAAGGCAGAUGUUGAGGAUGAAUAGGAUAUGGGUGGUAGUAAUAUUGAUGAUGAUGAUAAGGCAGAUGUUGAGGAUGAAUAGGAUAUGGGUGGUAGUAAUACUGAUGAUGAUGAUGAUGAUGGUAAGGCAGAUGUUGAGGAUGAAUAGGAUAUGGGUGGUAGUAAUAUUGAUGAUGGUGAUGAUGAUAAGGCAGAUGUUGAGGAUGAAUAGGAUAUGGGUGGUUGUAAUACUGAUGAUGAUGAUGAUGAUAAGGCAGAUGUUGAGGAUGAAUAGGAUAUGGGUGGUAGUAAUAUUGAUGAUGAUGAUAAGGCAGAUGUUGAGGAUGAAUAGGAUAUGGGUGGUAGUAAUACUGAUGAUGAUGAUAAGGCAGAUGUUGAGGAUGAAUAGGAUAUGGGUGGUAGUAAUACUGAUGAUGAUGAUGAUAAGGCAGAUGUUGAGGAUGAAUAGGAUAUGGGUGGUAGUAAUACUGAUGAUGAUGAUGAUGAUGAUAAGGCAGAUGUUGAGGAUGAAUAGGAUAUGGGUGGUAGUAAUAGUGAUGAUGAUGAUGAUGAUGAUAAGGCAGAUGUUGAGGAUGAAUAUGAUAUGGGUGGUAGUAAUACUGAUGAUGAUGAUGAUGAUGAUAAGGCAGAUGUUGAGGAUGAAUAGGAUAUGGGUGGUAGUAAUACUGAUGAUGAUGAUGAUAAGGCAGAUGUUGAGGAUGAAUAGGAUAUGGGUGGUAGUAAUACUGAUGAUGGUGAUGAUGAUAAGGCAGAUGUUGAGGAUGAAUAGGAUAUGGGUGGUAGUAAUAUUGAUGAUGAUGAUAAGGCAGCUGUUGAGGAUGAAUAGGAUAUGGGUGGCAGUAAUACUGAUGAUGAUGAUGAUAAGGCAGAUGUUGAAGAUGAAUAGGAUAUGGGUGGUAGUAAUACUGAUGAUGGUGAUGAUGAUAAGGCAGAUGUUGAGAAUGAAUAGGAUAUGGGUGGUAGUAAUACUGAUGAUGAUGAUAAGGCAGAUGUUGAGGAUGAAUAGGAUAUGGGUGGCAGUAAUAUUGAUGAUGAUGAAAGUGAUGAUGUCCGAACUAUAAUGCUGACUGAUAAAGUUGAAUCCAGUAGAGUUUUUCUAUGUGUUUGUAAGAUAUGACCCCUGAUCUCAGGGCAGAAUAUUACCUUCUACUGCCCCUUGUGUGGGGCUAUAGCUAAAUGAACUUUUCUAUCUCUGUAAAAGCUAUUGGUCCCAUUGUACAUUACGUGGAAAGCUGCAUAAAGUAUACAAAGACUACAUCCGUUGUACGACGCAUUUAUUUAUUUAUUGAGCUUGACCUACAUAUUUGCAUAUGCAAUUAAUCACCCAGUUUAUCAGUAGACAAUAUGCUGAAAUGUAUAUUUUAUUAAACUUAGUAGGUCAUGGAUCAUAGGUUAUUAAGUUCUUAAUUUAUGUUAAUCAUCUAAGUACCAACUGUCAUCGGUAGUAAUUAUUUAAAUAGUCAUUAGAUACAAUAUUUGCCUGUUUUUUAUAUGGUGGAAAAGAAAAUGUAACUGGAAAAAAAACAUGUCCUGAACAGUAACCAACCAACUGACGUCCAACCCAUGUCUAUGAACAUUCUAAUGAGUUUAGAGACAGAUGGUCAAUAUGGAGUGGUGGGAAAAGUCUACAGUGCAAGAAACCCUUUACUGAUGGUUAAAGUCUAUGAGAAACCCUUUACUGAUGGUUAAACUCUAUGUGAAACCCUUCACUGAUGGUUAAAGUCAAUGAGAAACACUUUACUGAUGGUUAAAGUCUAUGAGAAACCCUUUACUGAUGGUUAAAGUCUAUGAGAAACCCUUUACUGAUGGUUAAAGUCUAUGAGAAACCCUUUACUGAUGGUUAAAGUCUAUGUGAAACCCUUUACUGAUGGUUAAAGUCUAUGUGAAACCCUUCACUGAUGGUUAAAGUCUAUGUGAAACCCUUUACUGAUGGUUAAAGUCUAUGUGAAACCCUUUACUGAUGGUUAAACUCUAUGUGAAACCCUUCACUGAUGGUUAAAGUCUAUGAGAAACCCUUUACUGAUGGUUAAAGUCUAUGUGAAACCCUUUACUGAUGGUUAAACUCUAUGUGAAACCCUUUACUGAUGGUUAAACUCUAUGUGAAACCCUUUACUGAUGGUUAAAGUCUAUGAGAAACCCUUUACUGAUGGUUAAAGUCUAUGAGAAACCCUUUACUGAUGGUUAAACUCUAUGUGAAACCCUUUACUGAUGGUUAAAGUCUAUGUGAAACCCUUCACUGAUGGUUAAAGUCUAUGUGAAACCCUUUACUGAUGGUUAAAGUCAAUGAGAAACACUUUACUGAUGGUUAAAGUCUAUGAGAAACCCUUUACUGAUGGUUAAAGUCUAUGAGAAACCCUUUACUGAUGGUUAAAGUCUAUGAGAAACCCUUUACUGAUGGUUAAAGUCUAUGUGAAACCCUUUACUGAUGGUUAAAGUCUAUGUGAAACCCUUCACUGAUGGUUAAAGUCUAUGUGAAACCCUUUACUGAUGGUUAAAGUCUAUGUGAAACCCUUUACUGAUGGUUAAAGUCUAUGUGAAACCCUUUACUGAUGGUUAAACUCUAUGUGAAACCCUUCACUGAUGGUUAAAGUCUAUGAGAAACCCUUUACUGAUGGUUAAAGUCUAUGUGAAACCCUUUACUGAUGGUUAAACUCUAUGUGAAACCCUUUACUGAUGGUUAAACUCUAUGUGAAACCCUUUACUGAUGGUUAAAGUCUAUGAGAAACCCUUUACUGAUGGUUAAAGUCUAUGAGAAACCCUUUACUGAUGGUUAAACUCUAUGUGAAACCCUUUACUGAUGGUUAAAGUCUAUGUGAAACCCUUCACUGAUGGUUAAAGUCUAUGUGAAACCCUUUACUGAUGGUUAAAGUCAAUGAGAAACACUUUACUGAUGGUUAAAGUCUAUGAGAAACCCUUUACUGAUGGUUAAAGUCUAUGUGAAACCCUUUACUGAUGGUUAAAGUCUAUGUGAAACCCUUCACUGAUGGUUAAAGUCUAUGUGAAACCCUUUACUGAUGGUUAAAGUCUAUGUGAAACCCUUUACUGAUGGUUAAACUCUAUGUGAAACCCUUCACUGAUGGUUAAAGUCUAUGAGAAACCCUUUACUGAUGGUUAAAGUCUAUGUGAAACCCUUUACUGAUGGUUAAACUCUAUGUGAAACCCUUUACUGAUGGUUAAACUCUAUGUGAAACCCUUUACUGAUGGUUAAAGUCUAUGUGAAACCCUUUACUGAUGGUUAAAGUCUAUGAGAAACCCUUUACUGAUGGUUAAAGUCUAUGAGAAACCCUUUACUGAUGGUUAAACUCUAUGUGAAACCCUUUACUGAUGGUUAAAGUCUAUGUGAAACCC